AUUAAAUAUUGAAUAUUUUCCGAUGCUUUAUAAUAAAAUUCUUUUGAUGUAGUGGAACAAAUCCUUACAAACAUCUGCAUUUAUAAGAAGAAGCAGUAGUGUUUGAAGAAAUCAUUACCUGAAAUUCUAACACACACAAACAUAAAAAGAGCAGUAGGAAAUCCUGAUUUCGGGAGAUAGAUGAAAAGAACCAACAGGCUUGAUAAUAUAUUUGUGCAACACGGUCUGCUGUGGACUUCUACCGAUAACAUUUGCAAUAUAUAUUUAGACUACAUAGUCUCCUUACAAGUGAGAAAAAAAUAAGUUUGAAGAAAUAAGACUGAAAUAAAAGACGUUAAAAAAUUAAUAGAAAUGGCUUCAACUCGAUCGACUAAAUCAACAACUACUGCAAUUACCGGAAAACCUAAUGAACAUAAAUGUGCUCCAGGAAAACGAAAAGCUGAGUUAAGUCCGAUAAAAAAUGAUAGAAUAAAGAGAUCGGCUUUAGGAAAUUUAACAAAUGCACUGAUUGGCGUAGAUUCAGAUGAAAAUUUAAAAAAAGGACAAAACGUAGCGCCAACAAAAAAUGUAGCGAUUAUUCAGCCUGUAAGUUCUCGCACACGAGCUGCAAAUAAAGUUCAAAAUAAAACAAAAAUUCAACCAAAGACAUCGAAAGUUAACGUCGACUUACUGCCUCCACCGCAAACAACUGAUAAAAAUUCUAAUAUUAAGGGAAAUAUAAUCGCAACAACAGUAAAAUCAAAACAUGUUGUCGAACCUUCUACUAAAAUUUCACGCCGCAUCUCAAAUGAAUUCGAAAAGACUGAAGAAAGCUUAUACGUAUCUGCACUUGAUGAGAUCUCAUCAGAUAAUUCAAGAUUUUCUAAUGGAAGUGUUAGCAUUCUUACAAAAACGGAUUCAACAUCAUCGGUUAAGUCACAGGGAUCAUCGUCAACAUUUUCGCCUUCAUCGCAAUCAUCAGUUGAUGAGAAAUAUGAAGAGGAUGCCUUCACUUCAUGUUUUGAUACAACAAAUCGUCUUCCCGAUGGUGUUGAAGACUUUGAUAAAGAAAACUGGAAUGAUCCAUUCCAAGUGUCACAAUAUGCUAAGAACAUCUUUGAUUACUUAAAGGAACGUGAGCAUUGUUACAAAAUUAAAGACUACAUGGCUGACCAACCUGAACUUUCAAAAUGGAUGCGUUCAUUGUUAAUUGACUGGAUGGUAGAAGUGCAAGAAUCUUUUGAGCUGAACCAUGAAACUUUAUACUUGGCAGUUAAAAUUGUUGACACUUAUCUAGGGAAAGAACGUGUUGCAAAAGAUUCAUUACAGUUACUUGGAGCUGCUGCACUUUUGAUAGCAUGCAAAUAUGAUGAACGAACGCCUCCACUUAUUGAAGAUUUUUUGUUCAUAUGUGAUGGAGCAUACAAACGACAACAAUUGCUGAAAAUGGAAAUGUCAGUUUUUCGAGCAAUCAAUUUUGAUCUUUCAUUUCCAUUGUCAUACAGAUUUCUCAGACGUUAUGCUCGUUGUGGAAAAAUUUCAAUGGUUGCUCUCACUUUAGCACGUUACAUUCUCGAGUAUGCUCUCAUGGAUUACUCUACAAUACAAUUGAGUGAUUCGAAGAUAGCUUGUGCUGCUCUCUUUAUGGCAUUAAGAAUGAUUGACAUAGAAGGAUGGAACACAACUUAUGAGUAUUACUCAGGAUACAAGCUUAUUGAUUUUGCUCCUAUUGUGGUUUUACUCAACACACUUCUGCAUCGGAAACCGAAAGAUACUCUAAGUACUAUCCGAAAUAAAUAUUCACACAAAAUAUUCCAUCAAGUCGUCAACAUUCCACUUUUGGAUAUCAGUAAAUUAUUUGAAAAAUUUCCAGAAGUAGCCAAGAAAUUGUCGGGAUCUCAAUUGACUUAUCAGUCGAUCAUAGCGACAUGUUCGUCUUCUCAAAGUGCCACCACACUCAAUGAAACUAAACCAAAACUUUUUACAUGCUCGUAUAAAAAAUCUAAAGACAUUCCUUUGCCACUUUUUGGCUAAUUUAUUUAGAUUUUUGUUAUCUCCGACUGUAUAUUUUUAAUCUUGAAUAUUUUUUUAUGAUAAACAAAACAAAAACACUAAAAGAAACCGCGGAUGUUCAUUAAACUUUUAAGAGUGCAUUUGAUUUUGGUCAAAUUUAUAUUUUAUUUUCAUGAUUUCAUUUUUUUACUUUAUGAUUUAUCUUUUUUGUUUGUUUUUACUGGAAACAUUUUCAACUCUUCGUUAUGAGGAAAGGAAAAUGUCAGAACUUUCAUAUGAUCUCGGAAAGUAGACGAGUCCCACUUGCUUAAAAAAGCAUGAAUAUUGGCUCAUUAGUUGUUGUUUUUUAAUUACUUAUAUUAUUCAAAUAAUUUUCUUCAUUAUCACUCAUUUAAUAAGAAUUGGCUAAGCAUUGGAUAGGUUAAGAUGUGUCAUAAAUCAUAGUAACUAGUAGAAAUAAAGAUUCGCUACUGAAAGAAGAUAAA